AAAACAAUUUUCGAAGUCUUCCUCGAAGGGAAUCUGAUGCACGCGAUGCAAGAUUUGAGUUGCUUAAAGAUGAGUGUCAAGAAAUGGAAAGGGCUAAAGAAAGAAGAGAAGCACCAAUAUUCAAAGGAAAACGAUAUUGGAAAGAUGGGGAUCGAAGUGUCGUACUCAUUUACGAUGCAAACGGUUAUAUAGCAGGAAUACAGGCAGGGAUCCCUAGAAGUGCUUUUAAAAGGGAAGACCAAAAAAAGAAAUUGAUGGGUGUACACUCAGAAGAAGAAGACAAUUCCUCAGCACACAUACCUAUAGUUCAUCGUAGGCGAAGACAAGCUAAUACAGACCCAGAAACAAUCUCACAAGAAGAGUUGGAAACUAAUGUCGAAGAUGGAAGCCUACCAAUGUUUACAGAAACACAAUACUGGAAAAACAUGGACCUAAAUGCGGUAUACCCAUACAUUGCAGACAAGUUUUUAGCAGGAAUAAGGACAUCAAUGCCAAAAGGAGAUUUUAUGAAUGAAGAAGAGAAAAUGAAAUUGAGGCGUAUUCAAACAAAGGAAAUAUACCUUUCUUCAAUGCCUUAUUGGAAUAUCUUUCAUCGAUUGAGAAGACAUACACAUUCAAAACCAGAAAAAACGUCAGUGAGACCUACACCCUCAGGAUCACCUCAGACAAAGAGACAUAGUACAACAACGUCCUCUACUUUAUUUUUAAAGAAAUCCACACCAGCAUCUUCGUUUGUAACACAUAAACAGGCAUUUAAGUCAACACCAUCACCUUCCGGAAUUCCAAGAGAAUCUGGAGCAUCAACAACAUUUCACAAAACAGGAGAGUCAUUUGUACCAACAGCAAAACGAUUGGAAAGCGCAAAGGCCCAUAAGUCAUCAACAACAAAACAGCCUCUUGUGUCAAGAACACAUCCUUUUGGAGCUUCAAUGGAACCUAUGCAAUCAACAUUAUUCCUUAGACGUAAACAUUUGGAGCAACAGCAUACCCCUCUACGUUUUUCAAGAAUGGCGGCAAAACAACUUAUAAAACCACAUAGUGUAGGCUCAGAAACAGAGUCUGCUUCAUUAAGGCCAACCAUUCCUACUCAUCUAAAUCAUCCAAGAGAAAGAAAACUACUUCUAUCGCACAACAUGAAUACACACCGUCCUGUUAUCCAUCAUUCUGUCGAGGACGAUGAUGUUGUUUACUUCACUGUUUACUUCAUUAAUCCAGAGCGCAUUUGUGACCCAGAACGUUCUAGAUCUGUCGACGAAUUUGAACACUGGGGCACUGGAUCUGACCUUUUCAUGCAGAAUGGAACACAUGUAAACUCUUUCAUACAGAUACCACGUGACGAAAGAAAACUUCAAAGUGAGAAUCUGUGGAAUGCUGAGAAAUGCCUAUGGACUCAAGGGCAGAUCUAUAGUUACAAUUUCGAUGAGAAUCGGGAUUGCCAUACCCUGUUUCCACUUCUUCUGAAUUACAACAGAGGGCGUUUGACGGGAUUUGCAUUGCUCUUUAAGAUGGAUUUUCCUUCUCCGUAUGUGGAGCAUCCUGACAAAGGACUUUUAAGGUUCAUGUUUAAGAAAGUUCCGAAGUGUUAUUAUGAGAUUGGUCGCCUGACUAAGCUGCAGUUCUUCCUAACUAAUGACUUUUUAUCUCGUCGCUCAAUGCAGAAACUGGUUACUCUUGCCCUUGUUUGCUUUACCGGGGCCUUUGCUCUACCACUCAACAAGAACUCAACAGCUGGAAAACUAAAGAAUUUUCAGACACCACGGAAUUUUGUUUGGAAUAGCUGGGAAGUGUUUAAGAAGUUGGGUAUCUGGCAUCCUGGAUUGAUGGAUGAAUGGGACGAACAAGACCAGGACUCGCCGAUAGCAGACCUCCUGCAGACAAUGAUUGUUUUUGAUGCAAAGGGAAUCCCUCACAAGACAAAAACUGUGAUUCAUGAACUGAUGCACGCCAUAGGUCAAAUGCACGAGCAGCAGAGAACAGAUCGAGAUCAGUAUAUUGAUAUACUGUUCAAUAACAUUCCUCAAAAUGGCCGCCACAACUUUGAUAUCAGCGAUACAUUUGACAGAACACCAUACGAUGUGGAGUCCAUUAUGCAAUACCCAUUAACGUCAUUUUCCCAAAAUGGCGGCAAAACUAUGCAACUAAAAGACACCAGAUUAGAAGUAUUGAUUGACACUGCAAAAACAUUUACCCACAAUGAUAUAAAGGAGAUAACAAUCGCUUAUCAGUGUACAGAAUCCUGUCAGAAUCUUCCAGACUGUCAGAAUGAAGGGUUUGUGGCUCACACCUGCCAGUGUCUGUGUCCCUCUGAACUUACAGGAGCCACCUGUGAACAAGUUAUUACCGAUACAGGAUGUGGAGGUGUUAUUAAUUUGAGUUCCGGACAAAGCCAGUUCAUUGAAUCUCCUGGUUACCCUAACGCAGUUAGCAACGACAAAGAGUGUGUCUGGUUGGUCAGAGGGCCAAGUGGAUCCAAUAUCAGACUUAGAAUAGACGAACUGCAACUAGCGAUGAAUAAUUUUGAUUCCAAGUGUUAUCAUUGGCUGGAGAUUAGGUACAAUAUGAUUGGUCAAAGUGGAAUCAGGCAGUGUAAUACAGCCAACAAUCAAACCUACACAACGACAAACGAUGGAGAGAGUAACCUGAUGCUUCUUAAGUUUGACAGUCGAUUUAAUAAAAACACUCAAACUUCACAAGGUCAAAGAUUCAAGCUGAAUGUUAAAGCUGAAGGUGGAUCUUCCUCAAACCCAUGCGAUCCUAAUCCCUGUCUGAAUUCCGGAACUUGCACCGUAGUUGGCUCAACGUUUGACUGUUCAUGCACAACAGGCUGGACAGGUACAACCUGCGACGUUCCCGUUCUCAGUUGUCAACCAAAUCCGUGUCAAAAUGGCGGCACAUGUGCUAUAAUUGGUAACAGUGUAUCAUGUGACUGUCCCCCGGGAUGGAUCGGGCCUAACUGUGAAACCUCAUCUGUUGCAACCACCACAACGACGACGACCACCACCACAGUUUCACCACCCACUGGUACCAGCAGGCUGUGUAACUUUGAAACAUCUAAUUGCUGGAUGGAGAAGUUUGGCGAUCUUUUCUCAGUACAGGUAUCGUCUAGCAUGGAACCAUACGCCGGGUUUCUCAAUACUGCAAGGUAUGGGUAUCUUCUACCUGGAUCUUCAUUUAUACUGGAAUCUCCAUCAGGAACCCUCAGUAAUGGACAGUUCUGCCUCAGUUUCGGAUUUUACAUUAACGGCUAUUAUCCCUCCAUGAGUGUGUAUCUUCGAAACAUGUAUCAACAAAUGCAGGGUCUAUGGUUUUAUAAUCAAUCUACUUACGGUAACUGGUAUUCAGUAGAGAUCCCAUUCUAUGGACCCUCCUCCGAUCAUAUUGCAAUAGAAGGGUACAUCUCGUACGGGACAUUCGCAAUUGAUGAAAUCCGACUUCUGGAUGGAGCAUGCCCCGCAGGUGUCGGUAGAUGA